GAGAGCUCUCGCUUUAACCCUUGGAGAGGCUGUUCGUUGGUCGGACGGGGUUGCGCGCUCGCAUCCGUUUACCGAGAACGGGAUCCAGCAUAUCCAUCUUCUCCUCAACAAAGCCGAUGGAUCUUUGGAGUCAAGCCAAGAUGUGACCGUCACGUUUUGGAUCUCUCCUUCCUUUAGAUAGAAAACAGAACCCCUGUUUCUAUAGAAACAUAAAUAAUUGACAAUUAGAAAACUAUUAUUCCUAAAAAUGCACUCCUCUAGCCGAACCUUCGCUCCGCCCUUGAGGCCUCGUCGUAUCGACACGAGCAGGCGGACCACCACCGCAGCGGAACCAAAGCCACACGGCCCUGUUUCCCAGAGGGAAGACAAAAACAUGAACACCUCUUCCUCUCCUCGGCGCGCCACCAAAGCGACCCCUGAGUCUUCCAGGACCAGGGUGGGGGUCCAGCCUCGUGCCCCCUUGGGUCAGUCCAGAUUGGGCUUACAGAGAAACACAGCUCCCCUCUCUACGACCAAACCCAAAAGUGUCCGUGCAGCAGCAGCUGUGUCGAAACGCGCCCCUCUUCCUGCUCUUCCUCAUCUGGACCCCAAUUGUAAUGAACCCAGCCUGCCUUGUCUGUGUUGCGACGGCCAUUCCCCCCAGGACAAUAACAGUCUGUUCAACCACAACCACAACAACAACAAUACCAUCUCCAUCAGACAGCAGCUGAAGCUUCAGCCCCCUCCACCACCUCCCCUGCUACCCCAGAGACAGGAGGGGACAGGGGGCAAGACCAAGACACAGGCCAGCCCCUCUCAGCCCCAGCCUCAGGUCCUGGCCCCAGCCUGCCCCCCUAAUGCCCUGGAACUGGAGAAAGGAACACAAGUUGAGGAGAAUGCAGAUGUUAACAAGAACACAGAUGUGGUCAUAGACAACAAGAAAGAAACGGAGGAAGAGAUGGAUGACAAGAAAGAAACAGAGGAGGAAGAGGAAAACAGUGUUGAUGUUGAAGUUGAUGAUGAGGAGGAGGGAGAUGAUGAUGAUGAUGACGACACGUUGGUCCCAUCGUGCUGCGACUGCCCUCCCUCUCUCCUGGAUCUCUCCCUGACCUCCUCCACCUCCUCAUCCUCCACUUCCAUCAGCUCCUGCUCCGAUCUGGAGUCAGACUGCGCCGAUCUCUCCACCUCUCUCUCGUCCUCUGACCACAAGUGGAACGCUGAUCUGUCAAUUUCUCAGGACCACACUCACAUUCAUGUUCCUGAACGCUACCCAGCCUCCCGUUCCCCCCCUGUCCUGCUCCUCAACCCCAAACCCCCUUCUGUCUCUCGUUGCCCUUCCUCCCCCCCACACGCCUGCUCCCCAGACGAGGGCUACCCCUCCGCCCCCGCCUCCCCCUCCUCCUCCGACUACCUGGGGGUCAAAGGUCAGACAGGCUUAGGGUCAGAUGUCACCAAACUAGGCCUCCUGGACUUCCUGGAGUCAGUGGGAGACUUUGGAAAGAUGGAGCGCUUUAGCCAGGUGAUUCAGGUGGCUCGCUGGGACCUGGAGGGGGAUCCUCAGGGGGAUCUACUGAGGGAUCGACUGGAUCACCUGGACCGACUGGAGAGUGUCAACAGGCAGGUGAAGCUGGCCCACAUCACCAGGCUCCAUGAGAAGGGACUGGAUCUAGGCGAUCUGGGCAAGGAGGAUCUCUCUGAUGUUCUGGAUGAGAUGGGGAACGUGGAUAUGUCUUGGAAGCUGUAUAAGGGCCGGGGAGGGUCUUUGGGAGAUUCCCAGGAGUUCUCUGAUGCUGGAGUGGACCUGACAGCACCUUCAGACUGUGACGAGCCCCUGACCUCUUCGCCCAUAGAGCUCCCACCGAGACCCCCCAAACCCCCUGCCCGCUAUGCCAGCGUGAACUCUGAACUCCACACCUACAUCAACAUCAGCCGUGACAUCACCCCCUCCGUCUCUGUCUGCACCUCUCCAUCCUCAUCCCCCACUUUCUACACCUUCAGGUGUGAGAAGGCCCUCCCUCCUUCCCCACGCUCCAUCCCCCCUCCUCUUCUCUGUCAGCCCAUCCCUUACUUUACUCUCUACAAAUCAUCCUCUCUCCCAUUCUCCCUCCCCUCCUCCACUCCCCCCAUCCCUCCCCCUCGGAGGAAGCACCUAGCCCGUAAGGAGGCUCAGCGUCUCGCCACCCUCCAAGCAGGAUGCGGGAAGACCCCCCUGUCCCUCUCCCCUCCCACCUCUCGCCUCCCUCCUUUCCCCCCUGCCCCCACCAUUUCCAUCUCCAACUCCACCACCCCCCUUGCCAUCCCUCCCCCGCCCUCUCUCCCCCCUCCUCCCUCUUUCCAUGCGUUGGAUGAUGAGAUCCGUAAGCUACUGGUGCUAGCAGGACUGACCCAGGCUGAGCUCCUCAAACUCAGCCCAGAGCUGGGGGUUUGUGUGGGGGGACUGGAGGAGGAGGGAGAGGGGGAGACCCACCACACCUCCAGGCCUGGACAGACACAUGAUAGUGGGAUGAGGAGAAAAGAGGAGAAGGCUAAGGAGCAGUAUGAUAUAGAUGGGUUGGCUGUGGAUGGAUGGAGAGAUGGAGGAGGGAGGUCAGAGGUGGAGAGGGAUAGAGAGACUGAUAUAUUUGGAGGAGUAAAGGAGGGAGAGAAAGAGGAGAGCAGAGAUGUGUUUAGAACCACGUCUUUCACUGACAUGGCGAGAAGGAGGAAGAGAAACAGCGGGUUUGGGGCUAACGUUAGCCUAGCAUCUGACUCCUACUACAGCACUGGCAAUACCAACACCUCUAACAAUGUUAACUUCGAGACUUUCAAAUAUUCCCCUGUGCUCUCGGAAACCCCUCCCCCUCCUCCUCCGCGUCCCUUACCCCCUGUCCCCCCUACCCUGCCCCCCCUCAAAGUUUGCACCCUUCUCGCCAACUCUUUACGCCCUGAGCGAUUUGAUUGGCUCAUGGCUUUCUCCCCCGAUGGUGAAACCCUGACCCUGCCCCCGCCCUUGGAAGUUAGAAAAUCCAAUGAGGAAACCCUGAAGAAAUCUACUUCCGGGUCAACGUCAGGGUCGGGUUCAAAAGUGAUGACCUUCAAGGAACUGCGUAACCGUAGCAAACACAGCUCCCCGGCAUACCAACUAAUAACUGAACCGGAUCCUGAUCCUACAGUCAUAACCCCUGACCCUGACUUCCUCUACAAUCUCAAGUGGAGGAGGGAAAAGACGGACAGCGACGGAAUCCAAUGGGAGUACACCUCCCAGGCCCAGGCCACCUUCCUGCAACCACCUCCCCUCACCUCAUUGGCUGCUUUUAGGGAAAUGUUCCAGAAAGCAGAGGAUGCUAUUGGACACCCCGAGUUAUGUCCCUCGCAGCGGAUUGGGUGCUCAGCCAGUGAAGGGAACCUGUGGAGGAUGGAUGGACAGAGAAAAGAGGAGGGAGAAAAGAGGAAAGAAGAGGUAGAGGAAGAAGAGGUGGAGGUGAGAGGAACAGCUGAUGGAGGAAGAACCUGGGAGUCAAGAACUACAGUGUCCUCACCCCCUCUCUCCCUGGCCCACUCCCAGCCCUCCUCAUAUUUCCUCCACUCUGUAAUCCCCCCUUACCACCCAGGAUACUGUGGUGCUCAUACGAGACCAGUCCCCAGGACCCAACCUCAUAGCCACACUGAAGUCCAGUCCAUGGCCCCUAACCCCUACACUACCCAGUCCACGGCCCCUAACCCCUACACUACCCAGUCCACAGCCAUAGGUCCUAACUCCUACACUAACCAGUCCACGACCCCUAACCCCUACACUAACCAGUCCACGACCCCUAACCCCUACACUACCCAGUCCAUGGCCCCUAACCCCUACACUACCCAGUCCACAGCCAUAGGCCCUAACUCCUACACUACCCAGUCCACGACCCCUAACCCCUACACUACCCAGUCCACGACCCCUAACCCCUACACUACCCAGCUAUCUAACCCCUUUGCUACACCAUACAGUCACACAGAUUUAAAUGAAGACAGCCAUGGAACUUAUUCUGAGAAUGAUAUUGAUUCUGGAUAUAGUGACUAUUUUAAGAAGGAUGGAGGCCUAGACUCUGCACAUCGUUUUGGAAAGGACUUCAAGAGCAACAUUGAUAGUUUGUAUCGUUAUGUGAAUGAGUCCAAGACUAAAGAAAAGCUGGAGUAUGGCUUUGUCUCUGAAUCCAUCACUGACUUUGACUCCCUCUACUGCACCACUAACGUCACACAGCCUCACACCGGCUCACACACACUCGUCAGCAAUGACACACACACUCAAGGCUGCACCACCCCAUAUAAAAACGUUGACGCGAUGAUGAUGGCAUAUGCCAAAACACACACUGUCGGUUCCCUUGGUCGCACUGACACACACACACACACACACACCUCUCACCCUGGCCAGAGCAGAACCUCUAAAGAUCUCCCUCCCCUCCCUACCUGGUACCUCUACCACCCCAAAAACUGUCCCAUCCACAGGGGUGCCCCUCCCCGCCUCUCCCCCAUCGGGGCUCUCGACCCCCCCUAUCGCUCUGGGGCCCCCCCUCCGGGCCUGGAUGCGUCCUGCCUCAGCUCACCCCUGUUCCCCCGCUCUCACACCCUCCCUGCCCUGGCCGCCCCCCUCUACUACCCCUUCCUCUACCCCCCUAUCCCCCCCAGGAAAACCUCAGACCCCCCAAAACUCAUCCAGACUCCGCCGCUGCCGCCCGCACUGACGGUUCGUAGCGUCUCAUUUGCCGGCUCUGUACAGAGAGGCGAGAUUUCCUGGAUGGGCGAUGACGUGAAGGCCCCUCUGAGAGGCCUAGGGCUGUCCUCUCUGUGCCUGCUGGAAAAAAGAGCUCUGGUCAGUGCAGUCAGUGUGGCAGUGGAGGCCAUUUUGGCUCAGUUCAGCUCCUCACGGACCCUGGUGCAGAAGUCUGCCUCCAUUAACAAGGCUCUAUCAGGAGACAGCAGUGUGAAUCCGUCUCUGGGCCGGCUGGUGCUGCAGUGUUUGUGCCCCGCCCUGCGGAGCCUGCUCUCCGAUGGCCUCAAGCCCCACCAGAGUGAUUUGAUCUUGGGCAGGAGGCCAAACUCAGCCUGGGGACUGGUCCAGGCCUCCACCAGGCCAGGUAGGAACUCUGGAGCGCAGUACAGAGGGCCCAGCACUCAGUCCCUGUACAGCCUCCAGGCUAGAAUAGGAGAGCUGCCCCAGCUCCGGCAGAACAAACACAGGUUCAACGCCUUCCUCCUCGGCCUCCUCAACAUCAAGCUUAUGGAUUUCUGGCUGUCCCAUCUCCAGUCAUGCAGUGAUGUGUUGGUGACGUUCUACCAGCCCUCUUCCUUCAUGCGUUUGUCAUUGACUUCCUGCCAGCCUCUGUUUGAGGAGCUCCUCCUCCUGCUGCAGCCCCUCAGUCUCCUGACCCUUAACCUCGACCUGCUCUUCCAGCACCACCACCUGGAUCCAGCCAAUCACAGCCCAGAGAUCCCCAGCCCACCCAAUCAGGACCUGAGGUUCAGGCUCUCGCCCCGGGGGUCCGCUUCCCAAGGCAGUGGCAGCAGCUAUCUCGAGAGCCUAUCAGAGCUGGACUUUGGGAGAGCAGAACCCGAGGCGACCAAUCAUAAUGCGAGCUCGUCGUCCCUGGCCAACUCAGGGGUGGGAGGGUUGGUGGAGUCACUGAAGCCAGCGAGUCUCAGUGUGGGGCCUGCAAAGGUCUCUGGGGGUCUUGCGGAGACAAGUCCUCAGCUGAUGUGGGUUCAGGAGAAAGAAAUUAGGGAGCUAGCACCUCCUAAUGUUGAGGAGGCCAGUCUCUCCCAACAGGCAGGACAGGUGAUCCAGCAGGGAUGGGGGGCUGUGGUACGCUGGGGGGGCAAGCUGGGCCAGAACCUGGCUGAACUCAGCCUGUCUGCAGUACAGAACCAGGAGGGGACAUCCAGAGACCCCCCAGAGCCCCAGACCAGUACCCAGGCCAGGAGUGACCCUCCUCAGGUCGAUGGAGCAUUGGCGGUCCCCUGGGGUUUGGGACGGCUGUUUGGAGCCUCCAAUAACUCCACGAUACCCACACUUCCAACCAGACGUCCGUCUCAGUGGUUGUCUCCAGGGGUGUCUGUUCUGACCCGGAUGGUGAGCAGCAGUUCCAGCGCUAACCAGAGGAGGGCGCUGGAGCCCCAGCAGGUAGAAGAGGUGUUAGAGAGAGAGAUGGAGACAUGGGACAACCCAAGACCCCUCAGGUCAGUCAGAACACUAUGCGACCACUCUGGCACAGGGGCGGAGCUAAGCUUCCAGAAAGGGGAGGAGUUAGUGGUUUUAGGGUGUGUCGAUCAGGACUGGAUUCGCUGUCGUCAGGGAGACCGAGAGGGGCUCGUACCCAUUGGCUACGCCUCACUGAUCCUGUGAUUUCAGACACCUGAUCAGAGUUUUGAUUGUUUGAAUAUAUCUGGGGGAGGGAAAAUGAAGUCAUAAAGCUAUAAUGUAUUUAGGCAACCAUAGAGAGGCUGUGGUGAAGUCCCCAAUGCUCUCAGAGAAAUAGUUCACCCCUGAAAGUUCAAAUCACAUGUUUAUAUCUCUAAAGUGGUCCAAAGUCGUAUGUCAGGGUUCCCCAACUGGCGGCCCAUGAUUUUAUUUGGCCCCCAAGUUUUCUGAGCAAAGGGUUUGGGUUACUUGUUGGACAUAAAAAAUACUAACAUCAGUAAAUGUUGGAAAUCUGUUCCAAGGUAUUCCCACACAUAGAGAGAGAUGUGAUUGUUUACAAAUCUAAGCAAGGUUUGAAAUUAUUAUAUUUUAGUCAAAUGUUAUCUGUUUGGGCUUCUUGCGGUCAAUUUGCAGUCUACAAAUGAUUUGUGAUUAUGUUCCACUGGUGGCUGAAUCUAGUUGAUGAUCUCUGGUCUAAGUGAUUUAGUUCAGUCCUUACUCCACACCAUCUGUGGUGUAGAUCCCACUAUAUGCACUUGUAGGAAUCUGCAAAACUCAAUCCCUAAAGAACUGUACCAUCUAAUGCCAUCUAAUUAGGGGGAUUUAAGGAAGAUUUAAUUUAGCUCACCAGAUGGUGUGGAAUAUGGACCCAGCAUGACUUCAGACCACUUUUGAAGUGUGAAAACUUCAGACAAACACUUAUCUUGGUGUGGACUAUCCCGUUAAAUGUCCUCCAUUCAUCAUCUCUCUUUGGUGACCACUGAUCUGAGAAGGACUGGAUAAAUCUUUGUAGAAUUCUAUUCAUAGGUUGCACCUCCGUCGUCAUACCAAGGCGCCAUCGGCGGUGCCCUAAAGUGGUGUGAUAAGCCCCGUCGUUCUGAACUACUGUUUAGUCUAAAUUACAAUAUAGUGCCUGUGGAAAUACGGUGACGUUGCUAAAGUAGUCAAAUAUGUAGAAGGAAACAACUUUCCCAGCAUGAUCAUGUCGUCAAAUUUACUUUAGACGGAUGGCAAUGUCAUCAUCUAGCAAAAUUCGACAAGAAUAGCUAGCAAAGCUAACGUUAGCUAGUUGCAAUCAGAUGGCCUCCCCUCAAUUUAAGCUCGUUAGCUAAUGUUAUACUGCAUUUAAAGUCUAUCUGGUGACAUCAAAAUGAUGACGAAAGAAUGUCCUAAUAAUUAUUUGCCUGUUUUUGAAUGUCAUCCUGGCCACUGAAAUACACUUUCGAUGAAAUCUUCAUCAGCGCUUAUUGAUAAUGCAUUGAGUAGAAUGCUCAGUCUGGCAUCAGUCCAAACGAACGUUGAAAACAAUAUUGUGACGAAACAUGCAACCAAUGCAUUCAGCUUAUCCAAACACUUUCAGAUCACCAGUCACUAUGGGAAGAUUUAUAGCCUGGUAGCCAGGUCGGUUUCUGCUCUAGACCCAGACCUUGCCGCCAGGCUAACCGGUGAAGGGAGCCAUGGUAGAGUAUUGGAGCGUAGCCCCUGUUACGUUACGUAACGUAGUACCAUAGUGAAAUGUAGCUGUUUUCUGUGUUCUAUUUGACCUUUCACCCCUAUUGAUCUCUCGCCUCUUUCGCUUGGUCUCUGUGUGUUUGACAUGUUCCCACUACAAUUAAUAGUCAGUUUUAAAAGGAUAACUAUUUGACUGUAUAAAUAUACAUACAUAAUAUAUAGGUAUAUGAAUAUAGAUUAAUUUAACCGAGAUAGAUAGAUGGAUAGAUAACCAAGAGAAAACAGAUAGUCAAACGUUACUAUAGAUAAGGUUGAUCAUGAAUCAAAUUGAUAAGUGAUCUGGCCUUUUAUCCCCAACUCACCAGUCACUACUCUAUAGUCAUUAUACACACGGACAGCUCCAGUGUUUUUUGUCAAUUAUUGGAAUCCAGUGGCUUCAUCUUAGUGUGUGUUGUAUGCAUUGUCUUGACAUCAUAUCCUUCAUAUCUUCAUCAUAACCUGAUGAUCUCAUACCUUUACACUGUAUUGUAUAAGGAAUGCUUUGAGUGAAUGCAGUGGGGUUGGGCUCAAUAUGGCAGUCAAUUCAGGAAAUAAACUGAAAUUCCAAUUCGAUGAUUGAAAUAAGGGCCUCCUAUUUUUAAUAACUUCUUAAUGAAUUGAAAAGGAGAAGCUAUUUAUGUUUUUUAAAUAGCUGAUUUUAAAUUCAAAUCACUUCCUGAAUCGGCAGCCUUCAAUUCGAAUUGAGCCCAACCCUUGAAUGCAGAAGAGUAUCUAUCUAUAUGACACAUAUCUAUCUAAAGGACAUUCUAGUAUCCAACAGUAAAGUAUAACUGGCAUAGCAAUGCUGUAACUUCAAUCAGUCCACACCUCUUAAACCUCACUAACACAUACUACUCAGUGCUUAUGGAAAUAUCAAUGCUUUGAGACGGACAGAUAAACAGACAGGUAGACAGACAGAUAAACACAGACAGAUAAACAGACAGAUAAACAGACAGACAGAUAAACAGACAGAUAAACAGUCUGAGGGACUUGAGACCUGUCUCUUUCUACUCAGCCCAGGGAUGAUCAACUCUAGUCUGGUUACUUUUCCUUUACCUCAUAGAUCAAUUGGUAUCUUUGAUUCCCCAGAUAUUUAACUUGACUGGUUACCUGGGCGUUACUAAGUCUGACUACAAGACAAUACAAAAGGCUACUGAGACCAGUAGACAAUGUGGGUUUCCAGGGCCAUAGUUGUAUGUUCCUGACUGAGACUAUCCAAGCUUUCAGAUGAAGCAGUAAGCUACUCCCUGAUGUACUGUAUGUGUAGGACGACACCACGACUGUCAAGCCUAUGUGUUUGAGGGAGAGGCUGCCCUUCCCCCAACCGUGCCUCAGCUCUCAUACAGUGGGGAGAACAAGUAUUUGACACACUGCCGAUUUUGCAGGUUUUCCUACUUACAAAGCAUGUAGAGGUCUGUAAUUUCUUAUCAACUGUGAGAGACAGA